GAACAAUUCUGAGUCCGUGAAGUACACUGUUUACUUUCUUUAAACUAGUGUUACUUAUUCUUUCAUCUCAUUGCUAAGCCAGUGAAAGAUAGCUAUGAGACAUGUAAUUUAGUUUACAAAUGUGUUGAUUGCUUGUGGUGCAGUCUGACUUGUAACUUGUGUAUUUGGUGCAUGGUCUUAUUAAUUGAAAUUUGGGGUUAUGUCGUCUCUUGUGGAUUUAAUUGCGUGCAACAUUAUAGAACAGGACAAUAAUGGUGAAGUACUGUGGACAUGGACUUACCCAUCUGUUACCGAGCAACAGAAGUCGCUGGUGUUGCGGAAAUGUUGUCUGGAUGGAGACCAUGUAGCAGUACAGCCAUUUGUGUAUGGGCGGAGUGGAAAGGCAUGGUACUACAUCAAUUGCACUGAAGUAUUUGAGUCUGAUAACCUUCCAGGGGUGAAGCAGUUUGCUCUUGUGCUGUGGAGUCGAGACCUAAACCCAGACAAGUACGAGACGUUGUGUCGGUUGCUGAGCAAGACUUACUGCAAGACUGGCAGUCCAGUGUCUAUGCUUCAGUUAUAUCUGUCAGUUAUGACUCGUGGGUCAUGUACAACUGAGGAGAAUGGCACGUUCCUUGUUUGUGACUUUGAGGCUCACACAAAUCACAACAGUCACAUAACCAACUCCAGAAUAAAAGAACUGAUCAGAAUGUUUGGCCUGGAAACCAUCCUCAUUUACACAGCCCUUCUUCUGAAGAAGAGGAUUGUUGUGUAUCAUCACAACUUAGAAAUCAUGCUUAAGUGGAUGUCCACCUUCCCGGCUCUGAUGUGGCACCGAAAGGCAGCAGAUAUCUUGUUCCCAUGGGUAGACCUGCAGUCUGAUGAACUACUGGAUCUGAAAAGCAACACAAGUUAUGUGGCUGGCUGUCGGGACAGUGGUGUAGGAGCUCGCACAGAUCUGUACGAUGUCUUGGUAAACCUUCCGGCCCGAGAGAUCACAGUGGCCGCUCAUGCGAAAGAAACAAUGACAAUGACGAAGACUCACAAGGACAUAGCCCUGUUCAUGGUACAGCUGGCGGAGAAUGAGAGUCUUUCAGAGCAGCAGGUGGCACAAGAGAUAGCGGACAAGACGACAGAGCUUUUGAACCAGUUGAGGUCUUUGGCCACAGUGUCAACACCUGAAGGAAAGCGCAUGGUAUCCAUUGAGACGCUGCGGGACAGAAACCUGCCUCAGGCACUUGAUAGCUUCUUGUUCAAUUUGGCUGUUGCAGAAAAUAUAAUGAUGCUCUAGAUACCAUGUCCAAACAGAAAUAAAUGCUUUGGCAGUUGCUG